AUGAAUAAUAAUAGUGGCAAUAGUAGUAGUAACUGGUAUCUAGUAGUAUUAAUGUUAAUGACACUACUACUUUGUCAAUAUCAUAUUUCACUAUCAAUUUCACAACAAACUAUUCCUGAUGAUGAACGUAUACAAUAUGGACUACCAAAACCACAGAAUCAGUCUCUAUGUGAAUCAUAUGCUGGAUCAAAUCAAAAUACAAGAUUUAUUUGUUCCAACGACACAUUUGAUGGACAAUAUCGUAUCGUUGAAAUAUAUAGUUUUUUAGAACCCUACGAAAAUAGGGAUGGUGCCAACUCUUCCUCUUCUUCUUUAACAUCAUUGAAAUUGACUGCUUUGAAAACUUUUACCUUGGUUCGUUCAGGAACAACUGUUGAAUAUUUAAAUGGUAAUAACAUACAGAAUUUCUCUUCAAAAUUGCCAGACACUUUAGGAUAUUUGAAUAUUGAGAAUAACCCCAACUUUACUGGUCCCAUUCCUGAUUGGUUCUGUAGAUUACAUGUGUUGUCCAUCCGUGACACUUUAAUUUCCUCAGUUCCAGAUUGUUACUGGUGUUAUAAAGGUAUAACAUUAUCUUCAGAUUUACUGAAACCCCACAAUUUUAGUUGUCUAGUUACUAUUAGUAACAAAGAUAAUCUUUUAGUUACCAAUAGGAAGAAUAUUGCUACUAUUACUGUUGAUAAUAGUAUUGAGUGUACCAAUCUAAUCAAUACAGCUUCAAACCAAUUCCAAUGUACAACACCUCAUUUAUCGAAUGGAGAUCAUCAAUUAAUAGUUUCAAACUCAUACGUGGAAUCACAGGUACCAUUUACAUUUUAUUCACUUGCCUAUCUCUGUGAACAAUCAACCAAUUAA